AUGGAAGUCGUGUCGUGGUCGCAGUAUUGUGGAAAAUCUUGCUGAACUUCUUGAGGGGGCAAAAUUCACUUUUAUCACAUUCAAAUCUUUUGCCAUUCCAGUUUCUUACAGUCAUUCAACGCAGUUUACCAUUUUAUCACUCAGUGAACAAGUUCAUGGUGCUUUCCUACCCCCAGUGUCUUCUGCCAUUACUUGAAAAAUGGACAUCAGUUUGAGCUCAACACCCCCCACAUCCCUCUGAACUCACUUUUUGGAAUUAAGAUUCCUAUCUUUUUCAUGGCAUCAAGCAACUUCUUCAGAAUGGAGCUAAUUUUGCUUUUAAUGAAAUUUUACUUAGUGACAUGAUAAUAUGUCUCGCGGACGAGAACUAUCCAAAGAUGAAAUAGAACAUCGCUUGAGAAAUAAUGACUUAUUUCUAGACGAUAUUGGUUCCAACGAAACAGAAUCACCUGAGGUAAAACCUCCCACCAAACGGCCAGUCGGUAGAGGCUUCCACUCAGGAGGACUUUUCCCAGGUGGACAUGGUUUGGUGGACAACCGCUUUAAACUAAACCCUAUUGAAGAAUCCUCCAUAAGGGAUAGACUGAGCAAUUUCAAGAAAAGUGUUGAGACAUCUCUAUACGAUGAAGAUGAUGAUGUAAAUAUCGACAAGAACUCAUUAUUGAAAAGUAACAAUGAAUCUGUUCAUCGCAGGCUCCUUGAUAAUGGAUCAUUUAUGCGAAAAGUUGAACUGCUGAACACACAAGAAGAGAACGAAAUUGCUGUAAGACUGAACUCCUUAGCAGAAGAAGUCAUGGCGGAAAAAGCUCCAUGUGCUGCAAUUUUCCCAAACGCAUCAAAACUUACUGAACCUGAUAUUUUCCCACCUGGUGAUGAUAGCUUAAGUAACCAUAUGAGCAGGGACAAAAGCUCUACUUUUGACAUUUUUCAGUCCAGUGAUGGAACAUGUGAUGCUCCGAAGGAGCCAAGUGACGAAGCUAGAAGUCUAAUCGAUAGAUUAAUGUUUGAGAAAAACCAACUGGAAGCAGAACUCCUUAGGCAGAAACAAAAAAGCGCUGGAAUGAAUAAGACUGAAUCAAGUGAAACUCACAAAAAAGUUGAAGCUGUAGACACUUUGAAGUUGAAUCAGCCACCUCCCCCCGGCUCGAUCAAAGCUAGAUUAGGAGGUUACGUUGAAGAGCCAAAUCCGGUGAGAGAAGAACGUAUCAUUAUCCGAGACUCAACCGAGAACAGAGAAAAUCGAUCUUCUCAGAAGUACAGUAGUAGACACAAACCUGAUGACAAGCACCACAAUAAGGUGUCAAGGCACAGUCCACCGAGAAGAACUAAUAUAAGGAGUAAGUCUCCUUUGAGACGCAACGACCGAUCUCCUCCAUCACGCAAUAGAUCUCCACUUCCAUUCAGACCAAGGUCACCCAAAAGGAAUAGAUCCCGGUCACCCAGACGGAAUAGGUCCAGGUCGCCAAGGCGCAGGUCCAGAUCUCCUCGGAGAAGAUCUAAAUCACCAAUUUUUAGAGGCAAAUCGCCAAGGCGAAGAUCUAAAUCUCCAAGGCACAGGUCCAAAUCGCCAAGGCAUAGAUCGAAAUCUCCACGGCAUGGAUUGAGGCCAAAAUCUCCAAAACGUAGGUCGAAGUCACCACGGCUGGGAUCUAAAUCACCUCGCCGGUCAAAGUCACCUCGCGGCAGGUACCGCACCAGAUCUCGCAGUUAUUCCCCAUCGCCCGGGAGGUCUCCAUCAAGAAAAUUCAAACGUGAUGUUGUCAAUCCAGAACUUCUGAUGCCACGCAAUCCGCUCAGUCCCAAUAAGUCCAAUGACCAAUGGAUGAGACCUAGUAAUGCACCUGAUCCAGCAUGGAAAGGAGCUCCGAUAAAUUCAUUUAAUCCAAUGAAUGUGCCAAUGGACAUUCCACCUCCCAAUUUUGAGCAACCACCUCCCAUGUACAACUAUCCACCUCAAGAUUUUGGAAACCCUGCGGUCAGGCCACCACCCCUCUCUAAUUUUCCUUCUGGUCAUUUUGAUCCUACCAGGCCCUAUUUUCCAGGUGGACCGGGACAGCAGUUUGUGCCAAAUGAGGGAUUCAGUGGUCAAAAUCGGCCGCCUGGUUGGAAUCAGCCGCCCGGGCCAGGGCCUUUAGGACCCAUGAAUGUACCACCUCCAUUCGUACCCUCCGGCCCACCACCCUCAGGCCCACCAUCCUCCAGCCUACCGCCGUCCGGCCCACCACCCUCUUGCCGUUCAAAUUUGAGAGUGCUUGGGGAUGAUGCGACACAACAAAAGCCAUCCUACGAUCAGAGUCAACUGUCAUUCAAUCAAAAACCAGCAGCAGGAUUAGAACCCACAAAUCUAGGUCCAGCUCCUCAACCUAAGCCUGUGGCGCCACCACCACAGAAAAUGAUGGAGGAGGACAAGAAAAAGAAAGCGGUCGAAUCUGAGCUGUUAGAACAGCGAAGAUCCCUUGCUCUUCAAAGGAAGGAGUACUUCAAAAAAGCAUCAACGAUCAAAGAUGAACUUGGAAAAUUAAAACGUCAGCAAAUAGAGCUCAGCCAUGAAAAGAGUGGAUCAGAAGUCGACAAAAUUCUCAAACAAAACAAGAAAUUCCAGUCAGAGCUACAGAAUAAAUUGAAAGGAAUUGACAACAUCAUCGAUAUGCUGUCCGGUAUCAUUGGUGACACGAAAGACUUAGAUUUAGAAGAAAAAGAACCAACACCUCCCGGCCAUGCAUCUUAUAUUCUUGAACCACCGCCGAAGAAGGAACCCAGAAUCAUCAGAAGUUCCCCUGCCGCAAACAAUGCCCCGAAACCUGAUCCGCCUUCCCGUAGUAUGGUGCUAAAUUUGGAUCCGUCUCCUUCGCCGGGCUCAGACUUUGAUUCAUUUAAAUUCACGUCUCAAAAGUCAAUCGAAGUACAGUCCCCGCAAACUCCAGCCAAGUUUGUGACUGAAACCUCAAAUGAUGCGUGGGAGCCGGAGUUCAUAGAAAGACCAAAGUCUCCUCUGGGUCAAAGGUUGGCUGCAAUAAAUCCGAUGGUGGACCCACCAGUGCCAAAAGUCGCUCAAGUCUCAGAACCGGCUGUUCCAAACUUAAUAAGAGACGCCAUUGAAAUUAAAACGCCACCUCCUCCAAUCUUCAUGGCAAUGGAACCGAAGGCUCCAUCUCCUCCAGUCACUAAAGAUUCACCAUCACCUAAACCACAUCGCAACAAAAUCGCUCCGAUUUUCGAUCCCAACACUUUGCCAACGCCCAAACCACCUCAAGUUACCCAACGGAACCCAGAUUCUCCAGUUGUUGUUCUUGCAAACUCACCUGCCAGUCAAGCUGUCUACGCUCAACCACAAGUACAGCCGCAGCCAUCCAAGCAACAAGCACUCGUAGCCAACCAGCCUGAAGCUCCUGGGACGCAUAAACCUCUGGUCAAUUAUAUUCAUUACGACCCGGAGAUUCAUUGGUGCAAAGUUUGUAAUGUAUUUCCACGAACAGCGAAAGAGUAUCUGAAUCACUUACAUGCCCCAGAGCAUAAAAAAACACUCAUGGAGAAAAAUAUGUUUGAUGCUCCGUGGCACAAAGCAUUUCCACCGGAAGAAAUUUCACCUAAUUACCCAGGAGCGCCAACUAAGAGAGUGCCGAUCAGAGGUCUACCAUUUUUUGUAUCCUCAGCGGCGUGGUACUGCAAAUUAUGUAAUGUUUGGAUAGGAGAUCUACAUUGUGCUUCCCUGCAUUUGAAGUCCAUCAAUCAUGCCUCUAAAUACUCUGAUUUCACCGAGCAGAAUCCACAUUGGGAAGUAGAUUGGCUUGCAGACAGAACUAGAGCGUAUGAAAUUUCCACUGAAAUGAGACGGCAAGAAGAGACUGAGAAGCUAGCUCAAAUAGUGCUGGCGCCAACCAAUCACUUAGAAGCUGUGAAACCCACCCCAUCAAAUCCAGAAGCUGACAUUGAAGCUGAAAAAAAAAAGAAGAUACUAGAGUUGAUAGCAGCCAUUGAAGAAAACAAAAAAGAAAUCUUAAAGGUGAAGAAAAAACGCGCUAGAAGUAGUUCUUCCGAUAGUUCCUCUUCAUCGUCCUCCUCCUCUUCCUCAGGUGGUAAUAAACGCUCCUCGAAAAGUAAAACUAAAAGUAUUCGAGUUGCGAUGCGCAACCGUGCUUCAAAGCACAGUAAACGUGAAUCCAGUCCUCCCCGGUCCCUGUCUCCCAAUAUGAAACCCAAAAAAAAUAGGAAUGCAACCCCAAGUGAUGACAAAGAGGACAAAAUGAUAAAAGAAUGGAUGACAACAUCUGAUAAAGACUUAAAAGAAUCCGUUUCUAGUUUAAAAGAUAGGAUCAAGUCAAAGCAAGAAUCAAAGAGUAAGCCCAGGUAUGAAAAAUCUAAACACGAUGAGAAAAACGAAAAGAGCCGUGAGAGAAAUGAGAGAAAUGAGAGAAAAAGAAGCACGUCAGAAGAGAAAUCAGAACGCAGAUCAAGCAGUUCCAAAGUAAACGAGAAGGAUAACAAAAGGAAGCAUGAUUUAAAAGAAGAUAGGAAAAAGGAAGAGAAAGAUGACAGGAAAAGAAGUGACGACAAAGAAAAUAGAAAAAAGACUGAAGAAAAGGACGUCCGGAAGAAAUACAAAGGAGACACUGAUAAAGAAGGGGGCAAAGAUGCAGGAAGCUCCACUAAAUCUCCUAAAGGAGGAAAAUCUGAGACGAAAGCCUCCAGCGAAUCUGACAAAACAAAUAAAACCGCAAAAGAUGAAAGUCCAUUUGAAGCGGUACCCAAACAAGAGAGUACUCCUUUCGGCACAAAACCCAUCAAGAAGCAAAUUAAUAUAAAAAUGAAGCUACCAUUUAUAGGUCGAAUGCCAUUCCAUAAAAAAUUGGGAGGCAAAGCAGGAACAAAAGAAGACAAAGAUGAAGACCAAGGCGAUGACGCCAAGAAUAAGACCAGUAAAGAGGUAGUCAACGAAAAGUUAACGAAAAUAGCCACAUCAUUGGGUAAAUUUGCCCCAGAUGGCACAUUGAUCGACCCAGUGCAAGCGGAAAUACAAUCCAUCAUGGAAGAGAAAGUGAAAGAAGUCACCAGCAAAGCCGAUAGUACUAAAAAAGCUGACAAAAGCGACGUAGAAGAUAUGGAUUUGGCAAAUGAGAACAGUGACGACGAGAGUAACUUGCCAAGAGAUUUGCAAACAGCACUUGAUAUUAUCUUCCCAGAGGAAGAGAAAUCUGAUACCAGUAAAGAAUCAAAAGUAAAUGUCUCAACGCCCACACCAAAUUCUACCACCUUUUUCGGUCCGCAGAGUGAAGGCGACCUGCCCAGUCUGCCCCCAUCCCUGCCUCCUCCCUCUUCGGCCCAUCCUACCCCAGUGAUGAACACACCCCUCCCUGGUCCUGGGUUCCCCCCACCGCAGCCUAUGAUGCAAGGAGUGCCACCACCCAUUUUGGGUCCAAUGAUAGUACCCGCUCCGCCCAUGAUGAUGAGUCCACCCGGUGCUCCAAGGCUGCCACCUCGUGGGCUGCCACGCAUGGGCCCUCCUGGAGCACCCCGCAUGGGUUCUCCAGGACCACCCCGCAUGAGUCCUCCAGGUCCACCCCGAAUGAGUCCUCCCGGCCCGCCUCGCAUGAGUCCUCCUGGACCUCCAAGGAUGCGGCCUCCUGGACCGCCAAGACAAACGCCCCCAAGAAUGGGUCCUCCUGCAUCACAGAAAAAACCUCCUCCUAAACCGAAACCUCCUACCAGUCAGUCACCUCAAACUCCUGCUGAUUCACCAGCUGUGAGUGAAGACGGUAGUGGCGAUUCCAGCAAAGAAGGGCAGCCAGAGGUGAAAAAGAGGAGGAAUCCUUUGUCGCAGAAGAAACGAAGAGCACUCAAGAAAUUGCGUGAAAAGUUAGAGGCGCAGGAAAAACAACUUCAGGAGCAGUUACAAACUUUGCAAGGUGACGAAGCGAAGGUUGAAAAUAAUGUUACAGUGGAAAACAAGAAAGAAGAGUCUGAAGUAGAGCAAGGAAAAGUAGAUCUUGAUAUAAUGGAAAUCCCAAUACCUGUUGACCCUCCGAAAAAACUCAUUCGGAACGAUUCAGACGAAUUAGCACUGCUUGGUAUUGAUGCUAGUGAUUCACAUUUUUAGGGUACCAGGUUGGAUAUAUUUUUUUUUCCAAGUCUUUCCUGGAUGUGAUGCAUGAUUAUUGCUAUGCGUGAUUAUUUUUAAUACCGAUUCCUCACUGUACUAUAAUGUUAUGUAUGAUAAGUAAGUUGUGCUACUUUUUUGUAAAUUGUCGUUACAAAUUAUAAUUUUCUUUUUUUAAA